CGCGCGCACUUGGGGAGGGAAAUGAGGUCACACAAAGAGAUGAAAAGUGUGAAGAGAUGAUUAGGAGGUCCACUGGGAAUUUGGAACAAGACGCGAUGCGCGCUGAGGCUGCAAGAAACCGUCUAAUUAGUGCGCGAUGGAUUUCUUCGGAAAGAAGCCGUUAUCCGCCUGUUUUCUUCAUCUUCACAUCUUUGUCUCACCUAGAGAGAUUCUAGGAAGAAAAUGCCUGAGCAGUGCUCAUGAUCUCUUGCUGCCAAUGAGAGUAAAAAAUGUAUCAAAUUAUCGCCUCACGGUUCGCGCUGUUGUAUUGACAUAUCUGUAAAAUGCUCGAGAACUUGUAUAAAAGACGCCGAAAGACACCAAAACUGUUUCAGUUGAAAGUUUGUGUUCUUGUGCUGAAGUGCGCGCCUGGAUUUAUCUGAAGGGAUUUACCUGUGAAAAUUUGUGCAUUGCGAGAUGUUGGGAGAGAUUCUGUCAGUGGUUUGGCUCCUCUUGCUGGGUUAUGCGAUGGGUAAGAGUCCACCUUCCAAUGAAGUCGCUUCCGCGAGACAAGGAAGAUUCUUUCCCUUCUACACGAUCGGGCGCUUCCAGAACAGCGUCUGCACGGGCGGGAAUAAUCUUCUGGGCACGUGUCAAGUCAAUGGCGAGUGCUCGGAGAACGGAGGAAUCUCCACUGGAUCCUGCAGCACUGUGACUUCGCAGGCAGUUUGCUGUGUCUAUCAAAUGGCGUGCGGACGAUCGACAAGCUACAACAACACGUACUUCUACAAUCCCGGCUUCCCGACGUCUUAUCGCGGAGGUGAAAGAUGCUCAGUCCAGGUGUCGCGCUGCGAUGACACAAUCUGCCAGCUGAGAGUCGACUUCCUGGACUUCUCGCUCGCGCAGCCGAACGGCGACGGCUCCUGCCUCACGGACUACAUGUCCGUCACCGGCGGAUCGUCGCGCGUGCCGCGCCUCUGCGGCGAGAACACCGGUCAGCACGUGUACAUUGACUUCAACGGCAACGCCGCGAUCACAAUCGCCAUGCUGACGACGGGAUCUGAGUCGUUUGCGCGCCACUGGAACUUCCGUCUCUCCCAGAUCGCCUGCGACUCUGAGUUCCGCGCUCCGUCCGGGUGUUUGCAGUACUUCCUGGAGGAGUCUUCCGACGCGCCGCUGCAGAGCUUCAACUGGGCACCCAUGCCGAAUCCCCUGCCCAACGCCAUCGGCGUCACGGGCACGCGCCAGCUCACGAAUUUGCAGUACGGCAUCUGCAUCCGCAUGGGCGCCAACAUGUGCAGUAUCACGUACGCGCUGCCCGGCGGCCAGGCGUACGCCUUCACGGUCACGGGCGACGUGGGGGCGAUCGACCCAACUCUUCUGGGCACUGUGGACGUGCAGAGUCAGGCCUGCACCACGGAUUACGUGAUCAUCCCGCACCCGAGUCAGGGCGGAGCGCUUCUGGGCACCGGCACAGAUCGCUUCUGCGGCCUGGGAUUGGCGCCCACGACCAGCGACAUCAAGCCCUUCGUGCUGUACGUGGUGCAGGACGGCAAUGAGAACAUGGACAUCGCGAACCGAGGCUUUUCUCUCACAUAUUCCCAGAAUCAAUGCGCUGUAACAUUGUAAUAAACG